CGUCGCACUGUCACUAUCUGGAAGCGAAUAAAGUCUUCAUUGAGAAGUAUAUAUAUAUAUAUAUAUAAUGUCUAGUCAUCGACUAAUGUACAUGCUGCAGUCACUAUUUUAAUCGUCGUAUAUCCAACUUUAACUACAAUUGAAUAGAUUUCAUAUUUGUAUGAAAUCUAACAUUUCGACCACAGUGACACAGGCUUCAUAUAGCCAUUAAACAAUUAAUGAUUUUUAAUAAAAUUGUUACUGCUUUUGGACAUACAACUCCUCACGUACUAAAGUACAAGUAUAUAUACAACAUUGAUUUUCAAAUGUUUGGGUUUAAGCGUUAUCGGCUUAUGCAUGUAAAUAGAGUAAAUCGUGUUGGACGCAUGUAUCUUUUUUUUUUAACAUUUCCAAGGAUUAACCAUAUUGAACAAAAUCUCUUAAUCGAUACAUGAAACAUUUAACAUCACAAAAUUGAAUCUGAAAUUGAGACUGCAUUUGGUAAUAUUAUAUCCACAUUUUAUUUCUUUUUAAAAAAGAAUAGAAAGUUAAGAAAAAACAUAAAUCUGUAUAAUACAUAAAUAUAAACACAAAUAAUAUACGUUUAUAUAAUAUAUAUAUUUGUUGAAAAUUUGAACCACAACAAAGCUUCUGUUUUUUUUUUAAAUAAGUAAGAUACAACUCGAUAAAAUAAUGACAUGAUAAUUGUGUCCAGUAGCAGUACAUUGCACUACAUAUUUCUGAUUAUAUAAGGAAGAUGUCCAUUUACCCUCGGGCCACCUGAACAAUUACUUCCUUUCCGUCCUGAAAUAGGAGCAUCUAUAGUUAAGAAGGAAUAUGUGGAUAUGGAGCAAAGGUUUAGGAAUAGCACCAUACAUUUAUUGGAGCCAUUCUUAAUGGAUAGGUACAUUAUAUAUUUUUACUAACAACUCAAUGUUAUAAAACUAAGAAUAUAAAAAUGAAAACAACACGUUAAAUAAUUUCAUGCGUCCGAAGCGCUUUUCUAGAUUUACCUUCAUCAGGACGCUCAAAGCCGAAUAUUUGAAAGCCGAGAAUGAUAAGAACCGAAACAAUUGAAGAACUAUAUGACAAAAAAAAAUACCUAAAAAACAUAGCCAAAUCUAUCUAAGGUCAACUAGCCUGAGGGAGUUGAAACCUUAGUUUCAGAAUUACCAUUUUUAAAGUAGUAAUUGUAAUUGUUUACAAAUGUUACUCUAAGCAUUUUAAAACAUAACAUGAACACCAUUGGAGUAUAUUAAAUUAUUGGGAGCAAAGUUGUCUCUGCUAAGUCAUUAAAGUACUUCAUGUAUUUCUCUUUCAGCUGCUUAUGAUCGUUGCAAUACUGUUGGAAGCAGUAACAAAUCGACUAGCACGACAAUCAUAUGCAAGAAUAUCAACUGUUGGGAACUAUCCAUUUAUACAGAGGUUUACUAACACUGAUGGAAAUAUAUGAUAUUAGUACUAUGAAAACAAAUUAGUCAUGGACGUUUUAAAAGUAUGCACUAGUACCAACAGACGAAAAUUUGUAUUUACCCUCAUCUUUAUAUCAGCUCUCACUUAUACCAUACAUAACCACGGUACGUAAACAACUCACUUUUAAUAUUUGCUUUUAAUUAAUGGACUGACUACCUCUACCGAUUUCAUACAUUAGUCAAUUUCUUUGGAAGUCCAAUGCUAUUUCAGUGAAAGAUGUGUUUUCAAUAACUACCAUAGAUGAAAAUAUUUAAAUCCAUACAAAUUGUUCAAUUCUAAGUAAACGGAAAUGUUCGAACGUUUCUUUCAUAUUUAUUUAAUAAAACAGCGAUCAUUUGAUUUUUCACCAAUGCGGAAUAUAGCGGUAUCAAUUUCAUAAAAAUUAUCCUAAACAAAAUUUCGUCCUUCCUACUAUCGUCAUUUUUCUUAAUUUAUAUGCAGAACAUUUACAUAGAAUUAAUAAAUAAUUUGACAUUCUUGACUUUUAUUUCAGGAUACAAUAUAUUUUCCCGCAGCACUAUGAGAAACUUACACAGCAGUACUCAUGUGAGGAAUACAGUUCUAAAUAAGUCUAUAAACAGUAAUACUGGGAGACAUAUUAACCAAAAUAAAAAAGGGAUAUCAACACAUAAUCAUAGAGACAUUUUAUUAUUUGGUUACCAAAGAGGAGAAACAACAUUUGUGGGACAUAUUCUUGGAUGUAGAAAGGAUACGUUUUAUUUUUACGAGCCUUUCUGGUCAGUAUCAAGACAACAAUAUUUUACGAAAUCUCAGAAGUGUGACACACACAAAGAUGUAUGCAGAAACUACGACAACAGCACAAUCAACAUUUCAAAACUUGUAAGUUCAUUGUAUGACUGUGAUUCCGAUACAAUAGGAAAACUUGUAUCAAGCGUCCAAUCAGAACAUUCUUGUACAAGGAAGAGGAUAACGUUCAAGAAUAGGGAUGUACAUAAAUUGCAUAAUAUCUGCACACAAGCUAAGUAUAGAGUUACGAAAAUGCUUAGAAUAAGUGCGGAAUUCAUUGAAAACCUUCUUCAAAUAAAUCCUCAAUUAAAAAUAGUAUAUUUGUAUCGUGAUCCGAGAGCAAUUGUAACGUCAAGAUUAAAAACUCAUAUCAGACCAAUUAGAGAAUUAGUGACCGCAGUUUGUAAGAAGAUGGACAUAGAUAGCAGUAUUGUUAUUCAAAUGGCGAGCAAACAUCCACAAAAUGUUAUUUUAGUAUCGGCAGAAAGUAUUGCAAAAUAUACGGUUAAUAUUUCACGUCAAAUGUUUGAAUUUUUGGAUCUUAAAUUCACAAAAUCGGAUGAAAAACAAAUAAAUAGUUUAUCAAACUGGGACAACAAGCGUAAAUAUAUGAGAGAGGGAAAUUUCAACCCGUAUAAAAAUAACGGGUUUGCAUCGUCCAUGAAAUGGCGGACAGUUUUAUCACAAGAAACCAAAGCCAUUGUUGACAGUUUCUGUCAGUCUGUGUAUCAACGUCUUGGAUAUCUAAAUAUGUCAUCAACAGAAUAUUUCAGAAAUAUUAAUAAAACUAACGUGUUUCUGCCUGAAAAAAUAAAGGAAUUUUCUUUGCAAUAACAUAGUGCGUUUAUAUGUGAAAAUUGUUAUGGACAAACAACAUUCAUCUGUAAAUAAAUAGCUUUAGUUAAAUAAAACAAAUCUACAUUGCUGGAUUUCUUAUCCUUAUUCAGAUGAGGCAGGAAUGUAUCCACAUUGUGUGUAUAUAAUACGGAAAUAGUGCAUUGCUCCCUUAGACUUAUUAUCGCAAAAAUUAGUUGGUUUACAGUAUACGACAUUAUAUCGUUGAAAUAUUAGAAAUCAUAUAAUAAUACAAGGUAUUAGCGUGCUUUUUAAAUGUUGAACAAUGUCGUUUAUCCAUGAACAGACAAUUCUUAAUUGUACCUUCUUAGUAUAGAGACAAACACAUUAUAACUGUUCAAUAUAUCCUCCAGAGAUUAAUAGAUGCGUUCCAUUGUCACGAGCAAAUCAAAACAUUCUGACGACAUGUAGAUUUAGUAUUUUUCUGUCUUUUUAUAGGAUGCUAUAUUUGCAAUGUUUAUUUUUUUCAUUUAUCCAAAAUAUUUGUUUGGGUUUUAUUUUUUCGUACAUUUUUAUGUGUAAAUGAUUUUGUUUUUGAGUCAAAAAAACAUACUAUACCUGCAA